AUGUGUUUCAUUUCAAGAAGAUAUUUCACUGGAUAUGGAGGUCAGAGCCAGGCCUGGGUCCAGAGGGGAAAGAAGAACAACAACCCCGCAUACCCAGAUUACACUCCGUCCAUUUUCCCGCAAGCAGUGCUGAAGGAAUUGACUAAGAGUACCACACUUGAUCGCUUCAAGAGAGCACAGAAAAGAAAAGCACCAUCCACUACUCUAGUAUCACGAAAGGAAAGGAAGGUGAAGAAGCAACUGGAAUUUGAGGAGACAAUCAACAACAUCCAGCUGAGGGCUAAAGGUUAUGAAGAAGGCUCGGUGGGCUUCUGGUGGCUGACUGAUGCUGAGUGA